CAUCCUGUGAUGUUGACCUCAGGGAACAGCUCUUCUCAUCCUGUGUCCUUUAUCUUGCUUGGGCUCCCAGGACUCGAGAAGUCUCAGUUUUGGGUUGCCUUUCCAUUCUGUGCCAUGUAUGUUGUGGCUAUAGUUGGCAAUAUCACUGUCCUUCACAUAAUCCGAACUGAUCACACCAUGCAUGAGCCCAUGUACCUCUUUGUGGCCAUGCUGGCUGUUACUGACCUGGUCCUCUCCACUUCCACCCAACCUAAAAUGCUGGCCAUACUCUGGUUUCAUGCUCACGAGAUUGAAUACCAUGCCUGCCUCAUGCAGAUGUUCUUCAUCCAUGCCUUUUCUUCCGUGGAGUCUGGGGUGCUCAUGGCGAUGGCCUUGGACCGUUAUGUGGCUAUCUGCUUCCCACUCCAUCACUCUAGGAUCCUGACCCCCUCUGUGGUGGGUAAACUGGGGGCAGUGGUGAUGAUGAGAGGGCUGCUGUGGGUGAGUCCUUUCUGCUUCAUGGUGUCCAGGAUGCCCUUCUGCCCCAACCAGAUCAUUCCACACUCAUACUGUGAGCACAUGGCUGUGCUGAAGUUGGUAUGUGCUGAUACUAGGGUAAAUCGUGCAUAUGGGCUCUUUGUGGCCUUCUCUGUGGUUGGCUUUGAUAUUAUUGUCAUCAGUGUGUCCUAUGUGAUGAUUUUGAGAACUGUGCUGGGAUUACCCUCCAGUGAAGCCCAGCUCAAAGCUUUUGGCACAUGUGCCUCCCAUAUCUGUGUCAUCUUGGCUCUUUAUAUCCCAGCCCUCUUUACUUUCCUCACCCACCGCUUUGGACAUCAGGUGCCCCGAGUGGCACACAUCAUGUUGGCCAAUCUCUACCUACUGGUACCUCCCAUGCUGAACCCCAUCAUCUAUGGAGUUAGAACCAAACAGAUCAGGGACAGGGUUAUUCAAGGAUGUUGUGGAAAAGAGUCACAAGUCAAAGCAUAG